AUGUGGUCUCCUAAGGUUGCUGCUGCUAUCCUCGCCUUUGUUGGUGCUACCAACGCCUGGCAACCUCCGUCAUACGGCGGUUUCAACUUGGUCUGGACCGACACCUUCGCUGGCAACAGUGCCACUUCUCCUAACCAGGGCAACUGGAACAUCAUCACCGGAAACUUGGGCGUCAACAACGAGUUGGAGACUUACUCCUCCAGCACCAGGAAUGUUCAGCUCAGCGGUGGCAACACCCUGCAGCUGGUCCCCUGGAAGGACAGCAGCACCUUUGGCGGCUGGACCUCCGGCCGUCUCGAGUCCAAGUACACCUUCACUCCUCAGGCCGGCAAGGUCACCCGUGCCGAGGCCUCCAUCCGCUUCGGCAGCAAUGCUCAGGCCAACAAGCAGGGUAUCUGGCCUGCUUUCUGGAUGCUGGGUGACUCGCUCCGUCACGGCGGCAGCUGGCCCAACUGUGGUGAAAUCGACAUCCUCGAGACUGUCAACGGUCAGGCCACCGGUCACGGUACCCUUCACUGCGACGUCUACCCCGGAGGUAUUUGCAAUGAGGGUAACGGUAUUGGAGGCCCUGUCAACAUUGCCAACAUCAACGACUUCCACACUUGGCGUGUUGAGAUUGACCGCACUUCCAACAACUGGCAAUCCGAGACCCUCACCUGGUCUCUCGACGGCACCAACUUCUUCCAGAUCACUGGUUCCCGCAUUGGCAACCAGGGUGUCUGGAACAACAUUGCUCACAGCCCCCUCUUCUUCAUUCUCAACGUUGCUGUCGGUGGCAACUGGCCCGGCAACCCCAACGGCUCUACCCUCGAUGGCUACGGAAGCAUGAUGGAGGUUGGCUACGUCGCUCAAUACUCUACCUAA